CGGUGAGCAGGGGCUGACGCUUUGCUGCCGCGUCCAAAUGCUUAUCCACUCAAGCGGGAAGAAGAAAACAAUUUAAGAAGUUACAUCCAAGGGAGGGGUACUGGGGCUUUGCAGCCAGCGAAGUGGGGAGUGACCUGCCGGAGAGGAAUUCUGUGCUGGUGCAGAAAUACAAGUGCCACGCUGAGGGAAGAGGACAGGAUGGGUGGCGGCGGCAGUAAAUGGAGAAGGGUUUCAGUGGCAGCCUCGGACCCCAUCAGGGAGGGCACAGAGGGAGGAGGCAGUCAGCUGCCAGGGCAAGAGGGCAAAGGGCAGCAGAGAGAGCAUCGCCCCGGGAGCAGGGAUGAGAGGCAGCGCAAAGGGCAGAGCUUGCGAUCUGCAGCCGAGGAAGGAAGCAGCAUCGAGCAAGAACUGGACAGGGCGCUAGCCGAAUGCUGGCUCUCCGCAGAGAGACAGGAGGAGGAAGAGGAGGAAGCCAGCACUGACAGCUGCCUCUCUGUCCGGCUUGGCCAGGCUGAGAACGCCGCUACGGCUGGCCGCCAGUGGGAGUCGCUGCUGAGCUCCAGCACUGAACCCUUCCCGAGGCGGCCCAGUGACUGGAGGGACACAACUGCAGCUCUCAGCUCCUCCAAAGUGGACACCCAGCCCCGUCCAACACACGAUUUAGUUACGAUAAGCACACAAGACCUAGAAAAUAACAACUUGGCCAACAGAUUCCACAUCAAUGGAAAGAACACAUCUCAAAACUCAACUCCAAUUCUCUAUGAUUACUUUGAAGAGGAAUUAAUGGCCAGUAUUGUAAAAGAAUACAGUUAACCGCGAGUUAAAAUAUCUAUGAAAUCUCAUCCAUUUUCAGAAUCCAUACACGUUACCAAAGUGAAAAGGAAUUACUUUAAUGCAAUGCCUAAUGUAAUAUAAUAUAAUUGCUUUGUAUAUAGAUUUUUAAAAGAAUAAAAUGAUUUAUUUAAGGAAUACUCA